AGGACUUCCUCCAGGAAAGAAGGCUGAAAAGCUGCACCGACGCCUGGCUGAACAAAUGGCGAUAAAAUCCUGCAGAAACAGUGCGUUUUGUUAGAAGUGUAGUUGCUGAACCCGCUGGUGGAGCUGUCGACGCCGUUUCAUUGGCGGCAGUUUGAGGAAUAAUUCGCAUAAAGUCGGCGUGUCAUUGUUAUCAGGCAGACCUCAACCGUUCCACCCUGUCAGGCUUCCCACCUGUGAGACGGCUGAUGUCAGGAGCCUGGGAUUUUAAUCUCUAUCACACACACACACACUCCCCACACACACACACAUACACUCCCACACACAUGCUCAGGUGACAACUGUUCAAACCUCAAUAUUAGAUGUCAGAACUCCGGCUAAAAGUCACGGCUGUCAAGUCUUUUGGCAGGUUUGCUUCGCCACGGUUUCAAUGUUUACUGCACCUUUCGAUUUAGCAGCACUGUAACACACAGGCUGUCUACAUUACUGAAGCUCUUUAUUCUCAAAUCCAUCUUCUUAUUGCCUCUACUCUAUGGAGGAUUGAGCUCAUAACCGAGUGCAGAAGCUAAUUUCCACACUUCGCCAGCUUAUACAGUGCUUCAUAUCCUCAUUAUUUAUUCAUGUAUUCACAGCAGUGCACAAAGGGUCAUCAGCUUUCCAUACUAAUGCAAACACCUGUUGCUGCACAUGCCAGUUACCAACACACUCUCAGGCCUAUGUUUAGAACAGUUUAGCUUUAUGUAAGCAGUCAGCACUGUCUAGGCAAAUGGCUUCCAUUUAACCUCUGUCCGCUAGCAAAGAAUUGUAUCCCAAAAUGCAUCGCAGCCUCCUGUAACUCAGGGGCCUGUCACAGAUACGGUCUGGCCUCUGGGUGGGCUGCAGGUGAGGGCUUAGCGGUGGCAGACAAUCAAACCCUUCAGUCAUGCUGUCCGGGGUGCAGCCAUGCUUCCAGUUGCUUCGCAUCGGUUCGUCGGCCUCCGACUCGGCGCGGGACCUGUACACGUUCAGGCCGGUGCAGAGCCAGUCUGUGUUCCGACUGGGCCGGGCGGCGGAGCUGUGUGACGUCACGCUGGACUCGUCGUCUGUGUCACGGAUCCACGCCGAGCUGCAUGCGGAGAGGGAGGCAGGCGACGGUGACGCGGCGCCGCAGGAGGAGGGCUGGAGUGUCCACAUCAAGGACAGGAGCAGUCAUGGCACCUGGGUCAAUGAGGUCCGCCUCCAGCCUGGCAUCCAGUGGGAGCUCUCAGAUGGCGACACGCUGACCUUCGGUGGCCAGUCGGCUCCAGGGAGCCCCGAGUUCUACUUCCUCUUCCAGAAGGUCAAAGUUCGUCCGCUAGACUUCGAUGCCAUCACAAUUCCAAAGGCGGGCACCUUCUCCUCCGACUUAAAGAACCGGAUCAGAACUAACCUGGACCGCAAGGCGGCCGCCAACAUGGACCGGUCUAAUCUGCCCAUCAACCGGGCCACCGUCAUCCUCAACUCCAUCGGCAGCCUGAGUAAGAUGAAGGGCAGCGCCUGGACCUUCCAGAGGAGCCACAGCCACGAGGGCACCGCCUCGGACCCCGGCUCCUCCUCCUCGCCGCCUCUGACUGUGGCCUUAACCUCUCUGCUCCCGCCCUCCACGCCGCCAUCCUUCUCCUCCUCCGCAGCCUUGGUGCCUUCGACAAAGUUCCACCAGCCGACGUCGAGGAGCAGGAGGAAGUCGGCGCACACGGUGCUCCUCGAGGACGACAGCUCGGACGAACCCAGAAGUCGAGCAGCUCCGGCAGGAGUUGUUGACGACGGACCGAGGUCAAGGGGGAAGAAGAGGCGGCGGCUCUACAAAUCCGAGUCGGAGAGCGUCAGCCCCCCCCCUCCUCUGCCGCUGCAGCCCAAGAGCCACAGCGACAUCCGGCGGCCGCUGGAGGCCAAGCCCUUCCCCGUCGGCAUCCGGACCAUCGGCAGCUUCCACGGCGCCAUGACCAACAGCCGACUCAACCACCACCUCCUGCAGGCGUCGCUCGCCAACCCCGCGGUCCGCAAGCAGGAAGUGCAGACGAUGCACCGGGUCCAGACGACGGUGCACACCAACAUCGCAGCUUUCCGCCAACAGAAACCCGCCCACAGUUCUCCGACGGCGCAGAGAGGCAGGCGGAGGGCUCACAGCUCUCCGGUUUUCUCCCCUCUGGUCGUCGGAGGGGAGAACUACAGUCUGGCCUCGCCGUCAGUGAGGAUCCGCACAGAGGAGAGAGGCAGGGUGCAGUUCAACCGAUUUCACCAUCCGACAAGUAAGCGGCGAGGCCGCCCCAGGAAACACCCGCUGCCCCCCCGGCCUUCCCUGCCCUCGCCAUCCUCCUCGUCCUCCUCUUCCACCUCCUCCGCCUCCUCCUCCUCCGGCUCCUCGUCGUCCUCCUCCUCUGACGAAGAUGACGACGACGAGGAGGAGGAGGAGGGCGGGGCGACGGGCGGGGCGGUGGAGCCGUGCGCGGCGCCGCGCUGCCGGCUGCCCCAGCAGGACACGGUGCAGUGGAUCCAGUGCGACGUGUGCGACGCCUGGUACCACUUGGACUGUCUGCACGUCGACCGCAAGAAGCUCCUGAAGGACCCCAACGCCGACUUCCACUGCGGAUGUUGCUGAGACGAGAGAGACCCAAGUUUGUGACAAGGAAACGUAAUGCUUUCAAGACUAGAAAGUUCCCACAAUUUCCCCCCCCCCCUUAAAUGUUUAUUUUCAUUCAGCCCCACUCGUGCAAAAUCAACAGACCUGUUUCUGUGAAGAUGCUCCUUCUUCUUCUAAUGGCCACGGACCGUGCACAGCUUUUCUCUCCCCCCUGUCAGCAGCUGGCGAGGGCAGGAAAAGAAUUUUCUUUGAUUAUUAUUAUUUUAUUUUUUUUUACAUCCUGAUCUUCCCAACAGUCACACCGCUGCUUCAUAAACCGCUCGCCCACCCCUGUUUCAGGCUUUUGGGAGAAGGAGGCGAACCUGUAAUGAAAUGUCUCCGGUUGGAUUUUUGUUUACGGCUGUGACUGCCUGGAGAGGUGCGGCCAGGGCGGGAAAACGUGAUGAAAUGUUUCCCCGACUACGCUCUGCGCCCCCCGCCCCCCACGGUGGCGGUCGCUGACCACGAGACUGGCAACAUUCAGGAAGAUUUAAUGAAAUGGCUCCGAUCGGGCUGCCGCAGCACGAGUCUAUAAAAGGCACUUCAACUUUCUCGGAUGUCUCGGUGCAGCCGCCGUCACUCUUUUUAGCCACUGGGCCAAUUUGUCGGGGCAGAAUGGAACCUUCAGUGAACAUGAUGUGGUUUGCAUGGCCAACAAAGCCUCAACACCCUUCCUCUCAAAAUAAGACAGCGCCGGGCUGGCGUCUUCUCACCUCGAAAUUGAAUGAAUUGUUUCAGUGCAGCUCGUGUGCCUGUGUGGCGGCGGCAGCAGCUGUCUAGGAGUGGGCGUGUGAUGUUCCAAGACAAUUGAACGCCAGGAAAUGUGUCACCAGGCUUCCAUCGUCGCUGCUGAUGAGAGGCGCUUGAGGGAUGAUAAUCCGAUGAGUGCAGUGGGACUGUCGUGAUAAGACGUCUGAGUGCAGGCUGACGGCGUGGCUGCUGCUGCCGCGGCCGCUUUGAGAGGACUCCUUACCAGUGAAAUGUCAUGAAAUCUCAUCCGCUGAUGUAACGGGAGAAACAGAAUUCAGAAAAUCCUCGUCUCUGACUGGUGGGUUAAGUAGCGGAUGCUUUUAAGAUCUUAUCUUUAUCUCCACCUUUCUUUUUCUUUUU